CAAACACCCAAAAGUUUCCGUUGGAGAAAUCGAUAAGAGAUAUUUUAUUUCCUCAUCAACCACCGCCUCAUCUCCCCUCAUUCCAAUUCAGUAUCAAAAUGGGUCGCAUCUUGCAGAAGAAGAAGCUCAGAUCUGGCUUGACGCCAAACAGGCCGAAGAAGAACCUCAAGCGAAAGGAUGGUCAUAAGAAGGUCAAUGUGCUGGGCAACGCCAUUAUCGCAGAAAAUUGGGACAGAAAGUUGACUCUCACUCAAAACUAUCGUCGCUUGGGCUUGGUCCAUCGUUUAAAUGCGCCCACCGGUGGUAGUGAAAAGCGCCCAACCAAAACCGGUGUCGAAGUGCAACCAAAAGAUUCCCUUCACAUUAGAGGCAGCGGAACUGCCGACGCCCAGGAAUUCGCACUUGGAGAGACAAAGGUCGAACGUGAUCCGGAAACUGGAAAGAUUAUCCGUGUGGUUCGUGACGAGGACAACAUCGAAGUCGCUGGUCGCACAAUCAGCCGUGCAAACCCAUUAAACGACCCGUUGAACGAUUUGUCCGAUGGCGAGAGCCGUGCUCAACCGCAGAAAAAGAACAAGAACAGCGACGUUGUACAGAAGCUUGAGAUCCAGGCAUCGAAGGAAGAGAAAUCGGUCAGUCAGAAGAAGCCUCGCCAUCAGAGCCAGAGGGAGACGGAAUGGAUCACACGAUUGGUAGAGCGACACGGAGACAACAUUGGCGCCAUGGUCCGCGACAGAAAGCUCAACCCGAUGCAGCAGAGUGAGGGUGAUAUUAAGCGGAGACUUCGCAAGUGGAGAGCGGCUCAGUGAUUGAUAUUUUGGUGCAUUUAUAACCGGCGAUUUUGGCGUUCUAGAUGGGUUUGUCCUUCUAUCAUAAAAGUGCUCAUAUCUUCUCUGGGACCGGGUUAUGUCUCUUCAUCCAUACUUUUGCAGGCCUGAUUGUACCAUGUGGAAGUCAUGCAAUGGCAUCUAAUGCAUAUAAAUAUACCAUUUGACAUUUCAUUCUGUCCUACAGUGCUGCACUGGUUAUGUCUUUCAAGAGCUUUACGAAUCUACUCUUGUCAGGUUGGUUGCUUUUUACUUCUGAUAUCAGCUUUGCCAAUCAUCCACAAACUUAUGUAGGAGUAGAAGGAUCUCUGGAACUAGAUGCUGGUGAGUUAGACCAAUUCCAAGUAUCAGAGUGAUAC